AUGAUAAGUUCUAAAUCUACCGAUAUUGCAGGAUUAAAUAGCUUAAGAAGCAAAAAUAUAAACGAAAUAUCGCAUCUGAUCAAAGUUACAAAAGAGAAAAAGAAAAAGUUAUGUAUUGAUAAGAAUGAAAGACAAAAUAUUAAGCAACUUGAAAAUUUUGUAAAAGAGCAAAGCAACUGUUUUAAUAUAUGUAAACAAAAUUUAAAUGAAAGAUUAGAAAAAGAUCUUAAUGAAUAUAUAUUUUUUAGUAGUAAGAAUAAAAUUAAUUUGAAUGAAGAACAUAUACAAAAAUUACAUAAGAAUUAUAAGAAUAUUGAACAGGAGUUAUGUUAUAGUUCUUGUUCUAAAAAAUAUUCUAGUUUGUUAAAUUAUAAAACAUGA